CGUACUCGUCGCUGGCGGGGGGUGGAGGGGGAGCCCGUCGCCACUACGCGGACCUGCUGCCGGCCGAUUUCGGCGGCAUGCGGAGCCGCGCCACGCCCAGCCCGUCCGCGCUCAGUGCUGCCAGCGUGGGCAAUAUGGGAAACGUGGGCACGUUGGGUGUGGCCAGCGUGGGCGUGGGCUUGGGGAGCGGCGGCGGUGCGGCGGCGCGCAGGCGCAUGGAGCGGCUGACGCCACCACCUCGACUGUCCCGUGAGUGA